AUGGAAGGCGACGAGAGCUGCUGCCAGUCCAAUUUUUCCAUCCCUCAUUGUGACUGCUGGAAGCAGACUUCUGAGAAGGGGGAACACUUCUGCAAAAGUCGCGCUCGUCCCGGCGCUGCUGCUGACGCCUCGCACGAGCACCGGAGAGAUAGUGACUUUCAAUCGGCUUCAGAUGCCCAACGAGGCGAUGACAAAAAGUCAGAAGAAAGGAGGAGCCAAGGCCGAAUCAGCAAUGCCUUAGUUAGCGCUGGGGGCGGGCUAACAGCCCUGUUUCUGGGCGCGCUGUCGUUUGCCUUGUCAGCUGGCCUCCUGGUGGUAUUCUACGCGGCGGUCUGCUGCCUGAUCGCCGGUGUAGACUUUACAGAGAGCGCUGUCGGCCGUUUUAUGUUCGAUCAAGCUCCGCUUUUGGAGAAGCUCGCCCGACUACCCCUAAACGUAGCUGUCGUAUUCGUGCGGGCGACGACCUUUAUCUACUUCACAUUUAUUGAGUGGCUUAUCGAUUCCUUUCAUUUGGUAACGGGUGUUUUGAGGUUCCUGUUAGUAGAUCUGGCAUUCAACUUGUACGAUAUGUCCAUGGAGUACACGCGUUGGUGCCCGUGGCCGGCGGUCUUGUUAUAUGGUGCGUUCUGGGCGCUUUUGCUCCAAGGAGUUCUUCUCCUGUUCGACUUUGGCCUUGGUGAACUGUAUGAGAAAGUUAGGGCCUACUUAUCUCUGCUGAAGUCCGUCGCGGACUUGGCAAGAAGGGGGGAACAACUCGACGCGCUGCACCCUUCAUUUCCCUUUUCAGGGGGCAGGCCACAGCGCAGCUACCGCCAGCGCAGUGCUGCGUAUUCCUCUACGGCAGAGGAAGCGGGUGGGGUCAGGAAGGUGGCGAACCUCCCCAAGACGGGUGAUACUUCAACAGACAGCUUCGCAGCAAUGCCCUUCAAGCCAUUUGUUUGUCAGGCAGCUACAGACGAAACUGGAAAGUGUUCAGAGGGCUAUCUGUCGUCAACUUCGAAAGCCCCCACGGGACUGGCUGGAUCUUCUUCCCAGGCUGCAGGAGAGGGCAAAGUGAACAAGCCUGAUUUUGAUUCGAGGACCUUGAAUGCAGACUCGCCAGAAAAAGCGAAAACAGAGACCCUCUUCCGACAGCUCAGAAACAAAGGUACUAACGCCUUGUUCCCCCCAAAGCUAGAGAGAAGAGCGUUCCAGGUGUUCUGUUCAAGCAGUGUGGCAAGCGAGGGCGACACGACGGAGUCUCUGAGUAGGCCUUGCAUGGAACUGGAGAUGAAAAACGCAGCGGGUUGGCCUCGCGACAUUUCUUCUGAACAGCGAAGUGUUGAACCGAUGGAACAAUUGACCCCAGUGUGCUACGAAAUGGAAGAAUUCGCGAGUAACUUUCCAGAAAACGCGCCGUUUCUCGAAACCCCCGCUGUCGAAAGUGAGGGCGAAUGCGGAGACGCGGAUUUUGUAGACCACGAGUGCGAGCCAGAGGAACUUGGCGUCAACAACGAUGAGGACUGGUGCAUUGUCGCACCCGAGGUCGCCGAGUCAAGCACAAAGUUUUGCUGA